GCGGCGCUGGCAGCGGCGGCGGCGGUGGCGGCGGGCGGUCGGCCCUGAAGCAGCAGCCAUGGAGCCUCCGUCGGCUCCGGGGCCGGAGCGGCUCUUCGACUCGCACCGGCUCCCGGCCGACGGCUUCCUGCUGCUCGCGCUGCUGCUGUACGCGCCGGUCGGGCUGUGCCUGCUGGUGCUGCGGCUCUUCCUGGGCCUGCACGUCUUCCUGGUCAGCUGCGCGCUGCCCGACUGCGUGCGCCGGGCGCUGGUGCGGCCCAUGUGCGCGGUGCUGGGCUUCGUGGCCUGGCAGGAGGACUCCGCGCUGCGCGACCGCCGGCUCCGCGUCCUGCUCGCCAACCACGUGACGCCCUUCGACCACAAUGUGGUCCACCUGCUCACCGGCUGCGCCACCCCGCUGCUCAACAGCCCCCCCAGCUUCGUGUGCUGGUCGCGGGGCUUCACGGAGAUGGACGGGCGGCUGGACCUGGUGGAGUCGCUCCAGAGGUUCUGCGCGUCCACGAGCCCCGCGCCCGUCCCAUUGCUGCUGUUCCCCGAGGAGGAGGCCACCAACGGGCGGGAGGGCCUCCUGCACUUCAGUUCCUGGCCAUUUUCCAUUCAUGACGUGGUUCAGCCUCUGACCCUGCGGGUCCAGCGACCGCUCGUCUCAGUGACGGUGUCCGAUGCCUCCUGGAUCUCAGAACUGCUGUGGUCAUUCUUCGUCCCCUUCACGGUGUACCAAGUAAGGUGGCUGCGCCCAGUUCAUCGGCAGAGAGGAGAAGGAAACGAAGAGUUUGCUCUCCGGGUCCAACAGCUGAUGGCAAAGGAAUUGGGCCAGACAGGGACACGGCUCACUCCUGCAGACAAAGCAGAGCAUAUGAAGCGGCAAAGACACCCAAGAUCGCGCCCCCAAACGGCCCAGACUUCGUUCCCUGCCUCCCCGGGCCCUUCUCCUGAUGCACACCUGACAACUCUGGCUCAUCGAGUCAAGGAGGUCUUACCCCACGUGCCGCUGGGUGUCAUCCAGAGAGACCUGGCCAGGACUGGCUGUGUGGACUUGACCAUCACGAAUCUGCUUGAGGGAGCCGUAGCUUUCGUGCCUGAAGACAUUGCUGAGGGGACCCAGUCCCUUCCCACUGCCUCUGCCUCCAAGUUCCCCAGCUCUGGCCCGGUGAUCCCCCAGCUCACAUUUGCCAAGUCCUCCUGGGCCCGGCAGGAAAGCCUCCAGGAGCGCAAGCAGGCGCUGUAUGAAUAUGCAAGGAGGAGAUACAGAGAGAAGCAGGCCCAGCAGGCUGACUGAGCACAGGACGGAACCCAGAGCCGCCGGUCGGAGACUGGGGCAGGCCUCACCCGACUUCCGACAGGCUGGAGGGGUGGGUGGUGAAAAGGGAGGGGUGGGCCUCCCCCCAGUGUUACAUUAAAAUCAGGGUUUACACUCAA